AUGUCUUCCACCCCCGGGUUCAGUCUGCAGGUGACCGUCUACCUGAACCCCGACGAUGUCCCCAAGUUCCUCGAGCACAUCAAACCAGCCUACGACGCUGUGGUAGCCGAGCCCGAGUGCCAGUUCUUCGAGGUGUACCAGUUACAAGAGGAGCCAGGGACCUUGCACUGGGUGGAAGACUGGAACGCAACCACCGACUGGUUCAUGAAGGAACAAAUUACCAAGCCUUACUACAAGGACUAUCUCGCCGCCACGGAGUCGAUGUUUGUCAAGCCUCGCGAAUUCAAGAUCUAUAACAGGCUGGGAUCCUCCUUCUAUACUGCCAAGCAGUGA